GGACAAUAGGUUGGCUCCUGCUGACCACAAUGUGAUCAUCCCCCCCCCCCAAAAAACCAUUUCUUUGUUAUCCAGCUACAGAAACACAAAAGAACAGGAUUUCCUCUACAGUUCUGGGCAAUCCUCACAUGAUCUGACUGGGGCGGCUCACAGAGGGGCAUUUGGGCAAGAGAGGCUUCUUACAAUGAGGCAGAUGGGGGCUUUCGGAAAAGAAGCCCCAGCGGACAAUGAUUUAGACGUUCGCGGUUCCAGGAGCCCAAUAUGACCAGAGAAGUUCUACGCGGGGUCCCGUUAAACUUCAUCGUUCUCGUCUUCGGAGCAGGGCUUCUUCUGUUCAUUUUCUGCUUCAUUUUCUGCUGCUACUUUUUCAGGCUAAAGCAGCAGGAGCAGUACCAGCGACGGGGAUACAGAAAGAUCACCCUAAAAGAAAAGCCCAGGAAGGCCAACCUGGUGGGUCAGGUGUGCGCGGUUUGCCUCGAGGAAUUUAAAGUGAACGAAGAACUUGGCCUGUGUCCGUGUAACCACGCUUUCCAUACAAAGUGUUUGAUGAAGUGGCUAGAGGUGCGGAACUCCUGCCCGAUGUGUAACAAAACCAUUUCAGUAACAUUGCAGAGACCCGCGUUGGAGCGCAUGUGAAGCUAGUUUUUUUAAUUUAUUCUUAUUUUUUUUAUUUUUAAAAACAUGUAAUAACUCAGGCGGGUCCAGACAUUGGCUGGCCUUUCCGAAAACAGAGACCGAAGAUCAGGACAGUCACCUAAUGUAUCGGGAAGAUGUAUCAAGACGCGAGUGGUAGAGAUUAAAACUUUUGCAGACUUAUAACUCCGAACAGAUGCAGCCAACUAGUUUGACCACCAGUGGUGGGUUAUAUGGGGUCAUGAGAGGGGGUAGGGAGGAGAGGGCUCUUCCCCUGCCAUCUAUCGUUGCACAUGCUCAGCCUACGUAGACUGGUUGAUCCAAUGAAGGUCCCUACAUGGAAGGUUACAUUAACGGCCACAUUCGUGUCAAUCAGUAAGAGCUAAAUCUGGUCCCAGAAAUAGAACUGGAACCUGGGAUGAGGGGAGUGCGAGUUUCUUGCACCGGUUAAGUUGGCAGGAAUUAAAAAUCAAGCCAGUAGAGGCCAAAAAAA